GUGUCACUGCUAGGCUUUUGCCCGACCCAACCUCCAUGCUGUCUCUUUACUUCUUCUCUUCUGUCAGACAAUUAUCAAUUUAAUCUCUCUCUAACUUCUCAUAUAUAUAUUUCACGACUCCCACCAAGAACUUCAUUCACUUUAUGCCAAUUCACUACCUAGCAACUCUUUUGCUUUUCUUCUUUUUUAAUUUUAUUGAUAGAUCAACCAAUAAUAAUAUUCUUUUGCUUCUUCUUUGAUAUGGCUAUGGAGCUACAACUAGGACUUGCCCUCCCAACCUACAAUCCUACCAAGGGCUUCGACCUCAACAACUUUGGAAAAAGCAAUAUUACUAAGAACAAGCGUAACUUUGAUGAGGCGUUUGGCAAUAUCAGAGAUGAUCAUCAGUCAGGAAUGAUGCCUUUACUUCUAUGGAGUGGUCAGCCUAACGAGGAAGAUGAUCAGAAGAAGAGAACUUCUUCCCCCAUCAACGAGAAUGAAGAAGAGGAAAAACUGGUUGUUGGUUGGCCACCCAUUCCGUCAUGGAGGAGGAAAUUACUUCACCACCACCACCAACAACAACAACAGCAGGAUGGUCAAGUUGGUAGAAUCGAGAACAACAAUCGGACGGCUGAAGUUAAUAAUCAGAAGGAAAAUGGUGUAUCAAAUUCAAUGUUUGUGAAAGUGAAGAUGGAAGGUGUAGCAAUAGCAAGGAAAAUUGACCUUAAGCUUUAUCACUGUUUUUAUACACUCACAAACUCCUUGAUCGCCAAGUUUGCUAAAUACGGAAAAUGUAACAAACGUACUGUUACAUACACACUGACCUAUCAAGAUAAAGCAGGAGAUUGGCUGCUUGCAGGAGAUGUUCCCUGGCAGACUUUUAUGGAGUCUGUACAGCGGCUGGAGAUAGUAAAGAGUGGGGUGGUUGGCUCCUCAAUUUGAUAAUACGGUUUUAUGACUUUAUGUAAUAGUUUAGAUAUACUUAAUUUGUUUGAAUAACUGGUUGUAUUAAUUAAUAACCGAAGAGACCAGUGAAAGUGUGGAGUAGAGCAUAGCCUAGAGCUAGCCAGAACAAGACUGCUGGAGCAUAUAUAUAUUGUUAAAUUCAUCCUUAAUUUGUUUUCGAAUUUCAGUGACUAGCUCUAGCUAGCUAUUUUGUAAGCUAAUCUUCCUCAUU